AUGGUCGCUAUAGAUGGCGUCCACAACGAUUGGCGCCACCUCCUCCUCCCUCUGGCCCAGCAAGACGAACUGGUCAUGAACGCCGUCCUCACCGUCUCGGCAUUCCAUUCCCAUAUCAACAAACUAGAAAACCGUCUGAUACAAAGCAAACAACAAUAUAACGCGUUUGGUAACAACUUAUGCGAUUCUUAUGUCCCUGACCCGCAUCUUCUCCUCAGUCGAACUCUUCAAGGUCUACGGAAGCGACAGGAACUGCACUCCAGGGACAAGACUACACAGCAUUCAGUUUUGAUCACUCUACUAUUACUUAUGACUUCUGAUCUUGUUACUGGAGGCUCAGACUUUCCAAUGCUUCUACGCAUGCUUGAGUCAGCAUUGGAUGCCAUUGGCGGCAAAGAAGGGCUCGGCACGGGCAUCUUGGCUGGGUUCAUUAUGCGUGAACUUCACAAGAUCCGGGUAUACGCCGCCCCACAUCUCGGCGAAGAAAUGGGUCUUGAAAUGAUCUCAUCCCAAGCCCGAACAGACCAACUAUUCGGCUGUCUCAACCACUGCCUCCAGCUCUACCCUGAACACGCACCUCUCUUUUCCCAAGUCGCAGACCUCGUCUACCAAGCUCGAGACAUUUAUCUUCAACAAGUCUUAUCAGACCAAACAUCAAGUUUCUUCGACCUUGACCCCGUCCCCGCAAAUCCAAGCUCCAUAGCUCGCGUCCAGCGUUUCAUCGAAACACUGGGGCAAAUACCCCAUACUUCGCCAAUAGCACAUAUACUUAUCUGGACGACGUUUGUGGCGGCGUCUGAUGCGCAGCUUGAUGAACAUAAGACAUAUUUUGAAGAUGAACUUCGAAGACAUCAUGCCAGGAGCGGCUUUGGGAAUUUAUUGAAAGGAAUUGAGGCAUUGAAGAGGAUAUGGGCAAGAAAGCCCGGGGAACGAUGGACGACGCUUUUACCACUGACGAAAGUACUUGUUGCAUAA